AUAAAGUGACCUGUGGAUACGGUGAAAUAAACGUGUAUUGAGUAUUAUCAUUUACAGGUUAAAUUUUAAAUGGCUUUAAAUUUAAGAUUUAAGGAUAAAGUAGCAAUUGUUACAGGUGGAUGUAAGGGUAUAGGAAGGGGUUGCGUGGAUAUAUUUGUUGAGAAUGGAGGAAAGGUUGCCGUUUUCGAUAUCGAUGAUUCCAUUGGAGAAACCAUGAAACCUGAAGGUCCAGGAGAAGUGUUUUACAUACACUGUGAUAUGACAAAAGAGGAACAAAUAAAGGCAGCAGUGGAAGCAACAGUAGCAAAAUAUCAGAAAAUAGACUGUCUAGUCAACAAUGCCGGAUGGCAUCCGCCACCAAGGACUAUAGACGGAUUUUCUUCAGAAGAAUUUCGUCAGUUGCUCGACUUAAAUCUCAUAGGAUACUUUCUCACCUGCAAGUUUGCACUGCCCUAUAUUCGACAGACAAAGGGGUCGGUAGUGAAUAUUUCCAGUGGCGCUUUCACAGUUGGUCAGCCAGAAUCAGUCACCUAUGUGGCAACAAAGGGAGGAAUUGUUGGAAUGACUCGUGCACUUGCAACAGAUGAAGGAAAGCAUGGUGUCAGAGUUAAUUCAAUUUCACCCGGUUGUGUGUGGACACCAUUGUUUGAAGAGUGGGCGAAAACAGUCGAUAAAAAAGUCAUGGACGAUAUCAAAGAUAUAAGUAUUCUAUUUCAGAUUUUACGGCGGUUUGCGGACCCGAGAGAGAUAGGGAUGGCAUGUUUAUUUUUAGCUGCCGAUGCAACAUUCACAACCGGGGAAGAUAUCAGUUGUACCGCAGGAAUAGAAAGGGGUUACGGGCUCAAAAUGCAAUAAUCACUUUAUGACUUUUAUGUGCUUAGAGCAUCUAAUGUGUUCUCUUCAAACUGAAUCUAACAAGUAUUACUUAAUCAAGGAAGGAUGAUACUAAUAUAUUUCCUUGUACUGUUGAUACCUUAUAUUUUAGUUCAUUAGUUUGGUGUGUCAGUCGUAACAGUUCCAGUGUAUAAUGAUAACAAAUCAAAACGUACCGUAUUUGGAAUAACAUUGAAUUAUAAAUAUCAAAAUUCAUGCUGAUUUAAUAAAUACAAUUGCUAUGUA